CAAUAGGCUGUUGAAAGUGCAGACUGGGGUGGAUACGAUGAGAAGAGUGUUGCGACAAGGUCUGUGUGGGGUGGUGAGGUACUUCACCAACAUCAGCUGGCUCUACCAGACACGGACAUGGACCUACUGCCUCCUCCUCCUCCUAAUACUCAACAUCAUCGUCUACUUCAACAGCUGCACCAUCUUCACCGACCCCACAGACGGGAAAAACUGGAAGCAUGGUUUCAUCAAUGUACUCCCAGAUCACCAUUUCAUCUCGUUUAGGUCAAGGUCGGGUGAGGAGGUCAAGGACACUCUCCGUAGUUCUGUUCCACCAACUGUCCACUACUUUUGGUGUCAAAAGGGAAACUUCCAGUUCCAGCAUUAUCUGAGUGUCCUCAGUGCGUACAAACUGCUCCAACCCAGUGAGAUCAUAUUCCACUACCGCAGCCUACCACAGAGGGAUGACCCCGCUUAUUACCAAUAUUUUGAAGACCUCUUGAGAGAUUUGCCCAAUUUGUUUCCCGAACCAUUGUCAGAUGGUAGAGCCUGUCAUGAAGAUUCUCACCAAUCACUGGAAUCUAUCUCUGACAUGUUAAACAAGCAAGGUGGUAUUGUCCUUGGUGUGAAUGUUGUUCUUUCUGAAAAUAUCCUACAGUUUAUGAGCAAACCAAUAUCUUUGAACCAUGUGGAAACUAAUUUUGCAUCAAGUGGAGUCCUGAUGAUGUCACCAAAUGCGUUAGAAAAGGACACCAAAAGAUCUGUUUUAACUAUACCUACAAACAUCCAGUGUUCCUUCAACACCACCUUCUUGAACCAACAGCUUCCCUGUGUUAUUGUCCCCAAGGAAGUCUACCCUCACCAGAUCUUUCACCUGCAGAAUGAUUUCGGUGAACUGGCACGAUUUGUUGGAUAUGGUCAGAAAGAGUCCCUGGUUGCCAUGCCUCAGAAGGACCUCAUCCCGAACAUUGUACACUAUGUAUGGUUUGGAGAUAAAGACAUGACAUUCUUUAAUCAGUUGUCUCUCCUCAGCUCUUUGUAUGUCCAGAAAGCAGAAAAGAUAUACAUUCAUGGAAAUAAGGAACCAAAAGGAACAUACUGGGACGAAGUCAAGGAUCUGCCUCAGGUGAAGUUUAUUUCUCGAGAAUUCCCUCACUCUGUGUUUGGAAACGAGGUGAAAGUUCCAUCUCAUGCCAGUGAUGUUGUGAGAGUUGAUGUUCUUUUAAGAUAUGGAGGUGUUUACUUGGAUUGGGAUGUGGUUUUGGUGAAACCAUUGUCAGAAGAUCAGAGAAAAUAUGAGACACUUUUAUGUGUGGAUUGGCCCCUGACAGGCCAUUACCCUGACACAUUUAACAUGGGCAUGAUGGCGGCUAAACAAGGAGCAACAUUUCUUCAGUUCAUGAUGGAGUCUUUCCGCCACUAUGUGGAUAGUGACUGGUCGUACAACGCUAUCCACAUGCCCUACAAGGUAUAUGAGCAGCACCCUGAUAGUGUCCAUGUUGACAAACAUCUGCAGGUCAUCUGCUUCGAUGGUUACUGUCAUCCAACAUGGAGGGCAGGAUACAAAGAGGAGUUAAGUGAUUUUGGAGAUUCUUCACCGUUCAAUUGGAAGACAGAGACAAAUGGGGUCCACUGGACUGCCCCAGACCCAGACGUGUUUUCAGACCAGGAAACACUGCUUGCUGCCACUGGGAUGUACGCAGACAUUGGGAAGUACGUCCUACAGCAAGCUCGUAGCCACAACUAAACAAAACUUGCCACUCUGGUGUGUAGACCUAAAUCUGGAACCUUUGACAUUUUUUGAGUUUUACAGGAAGUGCACUUUAGCUUUUUGACCAUUUUGGUAUUGUACAUUUUAAUGCAACAUGAAUCUGUUAUUUUUCACUAUACAUGCUACAGAUGAACCAGGUCAUCUCACAACCUGCCUCACUGCCAAAGCUAUAUGACCCAUAUCAUCCAUGGAGAUACAAUGUUUAUGUUGCUGAGAAUGUGAGAUCACUUUUUGAGAUAAAGCUAUGGAUGUACAUUCCAAGAUGGUUUCAGUACCACCUCUGAAAAUGGAGAUGAUCUUCAGCCAGGACUAUAAUUA